UAUCCGAUGUUUUAUCAUCACAAAAUGGAUUGGUAGUGACCAAUGCUAAUAGAGGUAUCAAUAUCAUACAACAUAGACUUCGUCACAAAAAAGUUCUCCUUGUCCUUGAUGAUGUGGAUGAAUUGCACCAGUUACAUGCUUUAGCAGGAGAAGGCAAAUGUUUUGGUAAUGGAAGUAGGAUCAUUGUUACUACAAGAGACAAACAUUUGCUAACUUGUUAUGGAAUUGAUCAAGAUCAUGUGUAUGAAGUUAAACCACUGAGUUACCAUGAAGCUUGUGAGCUGCUUAGCAAUCAUGCUUUUCUGACACUCCAAAAAUCAGAAAUCAUGACAAAUUUGGUGAAUAGUGUUCUGAAUCAUGCUGGAGGACUUCCUUUAGCACUUGAGGUUCUCGGUUCCUGCUUACGUGGUAAAAGAGAAGAUGUAUGGGAAAGUACACUGACGAAAGUUUCUAGGAUUCCCAACAAAACCAUUAACGAUGUUCUCAAAAUAAGUUAUGAUGGACUAGAGGAAAAUGAGCAAGAGAUUUUUCUCGACGUUGCCUGCUUUUUUAAGUGGAAUGAUAGUGAGUACAUAAAGAAAGUCCUCGAUAGUUGCGAUCUUGAGACAACCGCGGGACUCGAUAUACUCAUUGAGAGGUCCUUGAUAAGCAUUGACUAUGGAAUACUACAAAUGCAUGACUUGAUUCAAUCGAUGGGUAUGGAUAUUGUGAGACAAGAAUGUCGCGAUGAUCCCAGAAGUCGCAGCAGACUAUGGCGAUAUGAUGAUAUUGCCGAUGCUUUGUCAAGUGAUGUGGGAGAUUGUGCUGUAAAAGCCAUUGUGUUGGAGCCACCUAAGCUGAAAGAGCUACCUGAGCUGGAGCUGAAAGAGCUAAGUAUCCAUCCUAAUGCUUUUCCAAAAAUGAGAAAGUUGAGAUUGCUCAUCCUACGCAAUGUUCAUAUUUCUUUCCAUGGCCCUAUAUGUCUUCCUAAUCAGCUAAGAUGGAUGGAAUUUGAUGGAAGUGGUCCUUGGAUUCCAAAAUUUCCUUCUGGUCAAAAGAAAUUAGUAAGUAUUGUUAUGAGGAAAGGCACUAUCACAGAAGUCGUAAAACACUUUAAGGACUUCCAACAAUUGAGGUACAUUGAAUUGCGUGAUUGCGAGUCGCUCGUUAGUACACCCGACAUCUCAUGUAAUCCAAAUCUCGAAGAAAUGAAACUUUGGAAUUGCAAUAACUUGGUAGAAGCCCAUGAGUCGAUUGCAUAUCAUGACAAGCUCCAGGUCUUGCAUUUUAAAUGGUGCCCUGAACUUUGUGUUUUUCCGAAUGUGCUCAAGUCAAAAACUCUUCAAGAUCUCAAACUUUCCAAUUGCCCAAAAUUGGAAAGAUUCCCUGAUAUUCCAGAUGAACUCAGAGGCCUAAAAAAACUUUCCAUACGACAUAAUGCUUUGAAAGAACUUCCUACAUCAAUAAAAAAUCUUGUCUCUCUAGAGAAAAUACAUUUACACAUGGGCGAAAACCCUAUAAGUCGUCCAUCUAACAAUUACGAGUUACAAAAACUUCAAUGGUUCAAAUCUUUUCUCCGCCGAAUCGUGUUUCCAAACCUCUGGAAUUCAACUGAUCCAUGCAUGAAGAUUGGACUUCCAAAUUCAUAUGUGUCAAAUCCUUUAAAUUGUAAUCUAUCCCAAGUAGAGUUUCUUGAGGAUCUUUCUUGUUUCCCCUUGUUGAAAAUCUUAAUUCUGUCGGGGAACAUUAUUACUAGCCUUUCUAUAUCCAUCAAGCGUGAUCGUUUGUCCACAUCGUCAAUUAGUAAGGACUUCAAACAAUUGAAGUACGUUAAAUUGAGUGACUGCGAGUCGCUCGUUAUUACGCCCAACCUCUCAUGUGCUCCAAAUCUUGAAGAAUUGAAACUCUGGAAUUGCAAAAACUUGGUAGAAGCCCACGAGUCGAUUGCAAAUCAUGACAGGCUCCAAGUCUUGCAUUUUAAAUGGUGCCACGAACUUCGUGUUUUUCCAAAUGUGCUCAAGUCAAAAAAUCUUCAAGAUCUCAACUUUUCUGUUUGCUCAAAAUUUGAAAGAUUUCCCGAUAUCCCACAUGAACUCCGAUGCCUGAAAAGACUUUACAUACUACAUACUGCUAUUAAAGAACUUCCUACAUCAAUAGAAAAUCUUGUCUCUCUAAAGAUAAUGCUCUUAGAUAUUUGCAAAAACUCAGUAAGCAUUCCGUCUAAUAUUUACAAGUUACAAAAUCUUCAAAGCUUCAAAUCUGCUUUUGGCCCAAUCGUGUUUCCAAACCUCACGGAUUCAGCUAAUCCGUGCAUGAAGGUUGGACUUUCAAAUUUAAAAUUCUUAGACCUUCGCAAUUGUAAUCUGUCCGAGGUAGAGUUUCUUGAGGAUCUUUCUUGUUUUCCUUGUUGGAAAACUUAA